AUGUCAGGGGUUGGAGUGAUCGUUUCGGAUCCAUUGCUACAAAGCCAGCUCACACAAGUCGAGCUUCGUUCUCUCAAUACCAAGUUUGCGGCGUUGAAGAAUCAGAGUGAUAAAGUUACAUUAGAGGAUCUUCCACCUGUAUUAGCCAGGGUGAAGUCACUCACCUCUGCUUUCAAGGAGAAAGAAAUCAGAGAAACCUUACCAGAUGAUCUUGAUUUCGAAUCCUUCCUCAGGGUCUAUUUAAUCUUGAGAGAUAAAGCUGCUGAUAAAUCUGGUGGUCUUAAGCACUCGGCGUCGUUUCUUAAAGCUAGUUAA